GCCCCGGGCGGCGCGGGCCAAUGAGGAGCGCGCGUCUUGCAGCGGCGCGCAGGCGCGCUGGAGGGGGCGGCCGCGGAUUCAUGUGGAGGAGGGCUCCGGAGCGGGGGCUGCAGCGCUGAGAUGGCUGCCAAGGUGUUCGAGAGCAUCGGGAAGCUCGGCCUGGGCUUGGCUGUGGCGGGGGGAGUCGUCAACUCCGCUCUUUACAACGUGGACGCAGGGCACAGAGCUGUGAUCUUCGACCGCUUCCGGGGCGUGCAGGACGUGGUGGUGGGCGAGGGCACCCAUUUCCUGAUCCCCUGGGUGCAGAAACCCAUCAUCUUCGACUGCCGCUCGCGGCCCCGCAACGUGCCCGUCAUCACCGGCAGCAAAGACCUGCAGAACGUGAACAUCACGCUGCGCAUCCUGUUCCGGCCCGUGACGGCGCAGCUGCCGCGCAUCUUCACCAGCAUCGGCGAGGACUACGACGAGCGCGUGCUGCCCUCCAUCACCACCGAGAUCCUCAAGUCCGUGGUGGCGCGCUUUGACGCGGGCGAGCUGAUCACGCAGCGGGAGCUGGUGUCCCGGCAGGUCAGCGAGGACCUCACGGAGCGCGCGGCCACCUUCGGCCUCAUCCUGGACGACGUGUCCCUGACCCACCUGACCUUCGGCAAGGAGUUCACGGAGGCGGUGGAGAUGAAGCAGGUGGCGCAGCAGGAGGCAGAGCGGGCCAGGUUCAUCGUGGAGAAGGCCGAGCAGCAGAAGAAGGCGGCGGUGAUCUCUGCGGAGGGCGACUCCAAGGCCGCGGAGCUGAUUGCCAACUCGCUGGCCACGGCGGGGGACGGGCUGAUCGAGCUGCGCAAGCUGGAGGCGGCCGAGGACAUCGCGUACCAGCUGUCGCGCUCGCGCAACAUCACCUACCUGCCCUCGGGACAGUCCGUGCUGCUGCAGCUGCCCCAGUGAGCCCUGCCCGCCCGGGGAGCGCCGGCCAACGCAGGGGGCAAGAAAUCAGUGCAAUUUCCUCGCGGAGGAAACGGAAAUUCGGAGAUUGUGGAGGGAUUUUUGGGGUGGUUUUUUUUUUUGGAUGGGUAAUCAAAUAAAAGUGAACGCUCGCGACGCCAGGCCUGCGGUUCCUCCCCUGCGCUGCCCUCGGGGACUCUCUGAGUUUGGGAGUUCAGGAAAAUUUGGGGAUUCGGAAGGUGAGAUUUGGGAAUUGAGAAGGUGAGGUUUGGGAAUUGAGAAAGUGAGGUUUGAGAAUUCAGAGAGAUUUGGGGAUUCAGAAAGAGAGAUUUGGGAGUUCAGAAAGUGAGAUUUGAGAAUUCAAAAAGAUUUGGGAGUUCAGAAAGUGAGAUCUGGGGAUUCAGAAAGACAUUUGGGGAUUCAGAAGGUGAGAUUUGGGGAUUCAGAAAGAGAGAUUUGGGGAUUCAGAAAGAGAGAUUUGGGGAUUCAGAAAGAGAGAUUUGGGGAUUCAGAAAGAGAGAUUUGGGGAUUCAGAAAGAGAGAUUUGGGAGUUCAGAAAGAGAGAUUUGGGAGUUCAGAAAGUGAGAUUUGAGAAUUCAGAAAGAGAUUUGGGGAUUCAGAAGGUGAGAUAAGGGGAGCUGUGAGAGGGUGAGAUUGUGUAACCAGCCCUCAAUAAAUGUCACAGUCCCAAGGCUGGCA